AACCGCUCGGAUGGUUCCGCGUUCUGAUGGUCGCACUCGGAUGCGCUCUUCCCAUUAUUAUCUGCUGUGCUAAAGGAUUCCAAAGAGGAUUAGUGCUCACCGGGAAUACUUGGAUUGUAGAAAAUUCGACUCUAGAUCAAACGGAACAGCUGUUGAGUCUCCUAUUGGGCAGCGUAAAUCUGAUGUAAUUACCUGACUGCAGGCACAUAACGGAUCUUGACGUGUCAAAUUCGCUAGCAUUAAAGGAAAACUGUUUUCAAUCACGUGCGUUUGUAGGUGUGUGCGUGUGUGUCUAUGUGUAUCGUCUACUUCGAGAAGGAGACCGUGUCAGCUUCCCACCAGGAAGUGAGGAAGACCGUGUAUGGGAAAUUUUCUUUGCACGGCGAGGAGAAACGCGAAACGUGACAACCCGUGGUCAACAGAGAGGAUGGUGCUACUGGUGAUGAAAAUUUAAUCAAAAGUGCUAUAAAUAUCCCGAAAAGCGAGUUCGUGAUUUGUGGUUACAAGCUCUCACGUACGCUGUUCAUGCAGUUAUAGGUCCCACUUUGCCGCAACCUGUGUUUUGAUUUAUUCGUUUGCCAAUCAAAAUAUAUUUAACGUUAGUGCGGUUGAUAUCGAAUGACGAAAACGGGAUAGGUAUUUCCUGUUAACGUGUAUAAUAAAGGUGGUUUGCUGGUUGAAUCUCUUGCACAUCCGGAGUCACGUAGAGGUCUUCAUCGUCCGCAUAUCCGUUCCAGUUGGAUGGGAAUGGUGGUGGUAGUGGCUUAGGUUCGACGCCAGUUGGUCCCACAGAGAGUGGUGCUGCAUGAAUGUAUACACAGUUUUUGGCAUCUGAAACGAUACAGGAUUCUCCAUACUGCAGAUAAAAGUUGGGCAUUGGCACGACUACGACGCCGACGACGACGGUCAACAAAAGCCGAGUCAAGUUCAGCUGCGAGCGGGAGUGAGUGAGUGAGUGAGUUAGUGAGUAUAUAGAGCCGGUCGUCGGUUCGGUGGUGCACGAAAAAGAGCCAAGCCCCGACAAAAACCUUCCAAAGUUUCGGUGUUAUGGUUAAAGCAGAGUGUGGUGAAAAAUCAAUAGAGUGAAACAACAGAAGCCAAAGUUGUCACACAAGUCUCGGAUUGCUCUUUGCGGCGGGAGCUGAGCUGCUGUUUCAUCACAUCAACACAAUUCAGAUGCGGCAGCAUUAGUCGAUUCAGUCGGAAAAGUCGAUUGAAACUGAAGCAAGAAAUUGACGCUAGGGAGGCGCACCGUUCUGCGACAAGCAGUUCAAGGCAAGGGUGUCGAAGAGUAGUAUGUACGAAGUGAACAAAACAGCCGAGUGGAAAACGCAAAUCGUUCCUACAAAUCAUCAGACGGAAGCCGUCCAGCAACGCUCGUCCACCGGAAGCAACUUUCCGCAGGAAUGACUUCCCCGUGAUAGCUGCACGACCACAAGGAAUAAUCUCAGCUCGGUGUAAAGUUCCUGAAUUUUACUCCCUUUGACUUGUUUGUAGGCUACAAGAAAUCAGUGGAAGGAUCUUGCAGCGGACUUCGCACCGUGAUUAAAAUUGCAUGUGUUUAUGUGCCGAAGCGAAAUCCCAGUGAAGCUUUCCCAUUCCUUUUCCCGGACUUGUAUAUAGGCCAAGGUGCAAAGUUAGAUAGGUUGUGUGUUGUAUGGAAAGUGAAAGAGAGCUAGCUCGUCGGCAAUUGAGCAAGAGUGAAUAGGGCAUAUCCCAUUAGGCUGUAAAAUUAUACACGACUGCGGUAGUUUCGAAGAAAUUCCGUGAUAGGAUCCUGCAUCAUCGGAAUAUAGGCAACGUGCAAGUGCAUUCACCGGCAAAAUGAUCAACAAAAGCUAUUUGGUGGUGCCGCUGCUAGGUUUACUCGUCGGAUAUGUUGCUGGCCUCGAGGAGGACUGCGUGGACUUUCAGGGAAACUCGGUGGCGCACGGUCUGCUGUACGUACCCGGACCGGGCGUGUGCAGUCUGUGCGUGUGUUACCACUCAGAGCCGCUCUGGUGCAAAGCAAUCUACUGUGAUCCCCCCUAUUUUUGUAAAAAGUUCCGAGUAGGAGAACGAUGCUGUGAAUUCGAAUGUCUGGACCCGCCCGGUGAGGACGAAAUGUAUCAGGCUCGUUUGCGAAAGCGCGCCGAAAUCCUAGCUGGCAACAGUGCCAACCAUCCACUGAAGACGUCCAGUACGGUGAACUACCUGCUAGGGGUGACCGCCCUACUAGUGAUAGUGACCACUAGCCUACGACACAGGCUGCUUCUUUCGUCUUAGCUUUACCGCGAACCGUGCCGUAUUGACGUGAGGAGGAGCGCACGAAUCCCGCUAUUUCCCUACUUCCAUUGUUUCUUAUUUCCGUCGCGUCGAGACGUUUCAUGAAAAAAGCAAGGAAAAUUCACCACCCAAAGCAUACCACUUAGAGAGAAAAUCGAAGAAGCACUACUUUUGUUUGUACGGAAUCUUUGCAAUCGAAUGAGUGUAUGAAAUAGAACAACGGGUCAUGGGAAGCCGAUGGGUAGGUAAACAGAAUAGGUGAAUUGGUUAAGCAAAGGAAAACGAACAUAACCACAAACGAAGCGAAACUUUGAUGGUAAUUAAUAGCGAUAAGUGACGGUGGGUGGAAUUAUGCAGUGUUACGAAACGAACGAUGAUUGUGAAGUUAAUUACGAUUUAAAAAAUCUAAACACACAGUCGAGAAACUAUAAGAAGCUUUAUUUUUUGUAUCAAAUCAAACACGAACGGAAAAAAAUAAAAGUACUGAAGAAAAAACAACAACAAAAGACGAUAGAAUAAUA